CGCGGUCUCGCGACGGACUUCCGGGCGGCGCAAACCCAAGCGAGGGCGCGCCUGAGGGCAGCGGGGGCCCCGCCCAGGUCUCCAGCCCCGCUGCACCCUGCAGGCCAGGUGGCCGGUCCCUCCGCGAGGCCUCGUCUCGGUGGUGGGGCGGGGCGGCGCGGACGUUGGGCGCGAGUUUGGUGCCGCCCCGCUGCACUGCGCCUCGCAGGGCAGGCCCGGCCCGAGGAAGGUCCGGGUGCCGCCCUCGAGAGGACUGAGCCGGCGGCCGCACACACGCGUUCCUCUUCCUUGGCCCGCAGUCUGGGGAGGAAAUGUGAGUUAGUGGCUUCCGCGGAGAGACUGAAAAGCUUGAGCCUCAGGUCUGUCCGGCAGCGCCGGGCCCAGGGCCCCGCGGGUCACCAGCCACCUGGAGCUGCGCCUUCAGGCUCCUGUGGCCACUGGGCAGUGGCCCCGUCAUGUCUGGGCCUCCGACUCCUGAGCACGUGCUGGAUGCCCAGGGCAACUCUUCCCCGUGCAGGAAGGACGAGGACGCCAGGGAGGGAACCCAGAGCUCCCACCGCAUGCUGGGUUUCAGUGACGCUCUCCUGUCCAUCAUCGCCACAGUCAUGAUCCUUCCUGUGACCCACACGGAGAUCUCCCCAGAGCAGCAGUUUGACAAAAGUGUACAGAGACUUCUAGCAACCAGGAUCGCUGUCUACCUGAUGACAUUCCUAAUUGUGACUGUGGCCUGGGCUGCACACACCAGAUUAUUCCAGGUUGUUGGGAAAAUAGACGAUACACUUGCCUUGCUCAACCUGGCCUGCAUGAUGACCAUCACCCUCCUACCAUACACAUUUUCCUUAAUGGUGACCUUCCCUGACGUACCCCUGGGCAUCUUCGUGUUCUGUGUGUGUGUGAUCGCCAUUGGGGUUGUGCAGGCACUGAUCGUGGGGUACGCUUUCCACUUCCCACACCUGCUGAGCCCACAGGUCCGGUGCUCUGCCCACAGGGCCCUGUCCCGGAGGCACAUCCUGCACCUCGUCCUCCGUGGCCCUGCGCUGUGCUUCCUUGCGGCCAUCUUCUCCCUCUUCUUCUUCCCUGUGUCAUACCUGCUGAUGGUGACCGUCAUCUUCCUGCCCUAUAUCAGCAAGGCCAGCAGUUGGUGCAGAGACAGGCUUGUGGGCCGCAGAGACCCCCCGGCCCCCAGUGCAGAGGUCUUCAGCUUCGACUUGCACGAGCCUCUCAGCAAGGAGCGGGUGGAAGCCUUCAGUGACGGCGUCUAUGCCAUCGUGGCCACACUCCUCAUCCUGGACAUCUGCGAGGACAACGUUCCAGACCCCAAGGACGUGAAGGAGCAGUUCCGCGGGAGCCUCGUGGCAGCCCUGGGCGCCUACGGGCCGCACUUCCUGGCCUACUUUGGCUCCUUUGCCACGGUGGGCCUGCUCUGGUUCGCACACCACUCGCUCUUCCUGCACGUGCGCAAGGCUACGCAGGCCAUGGGGCUGCUCAACACGCUCUCCCUGGCCUUCGUGGGAGGCCUCCCCCUGGCCUACCAGCAGACCGCAGCCUUCGCCCGGCAGCCAGAGGACGAGCUGGAGCGCGUGCGCCUCAGCUGCGCCAUCGUCUUCUUCGCCAGCAUCUUCCAGUUUGCCAUCUGGACCGCGGCCCUGCUGCGCCAGGCAGAGACGCUGCAGCCAGCCGUGCGGUUUGGCGGGCAGGAGCACGCCUUCAUGUUCGCCAAGCUGGCGCUAUACCCCUGUGCCAGCCUGCUGGCCUUUGCUGCCACCUGCCUGCUGAGCAGGUUCAGCACGGCCAUCUUCCACGUCAUGCAGAUCGCAGUGCCCUUCGCCUUCCUGCUGCUGCGCCUCCUCGUGCGCCUCGUCCUGGCCACCCUGCGAGCCCUGCGCAGCCUGCGCCCACCACAGCCCCUGCCCAGCCAAGCCCCAGAGGAGGCCCAGUCCCGGCUCCUGCCUUCCUCCUGCUAGUGGAGGCUGUGCCCACCUGGGAAGGAAGCCUUUCGGGUUGGACCUGCCAGCGCCCUGGGGCCACCUGGGUCUUGCCUCUGUUGUGAAAUAUCAAGGUCUUUCAGAGUACGCAGAGUGUC